AUGUCGCAGUUCUUCGAUGAGGACGUCUACGCGGCCUUCGAGUCGCCGGGCUCCACGAAGGACGUCUGGUCGCCCCACCACGCGAACCCCCUGCUGAACGGCGCCACCCAUGGGGGCGGGAACGCGUUGAUGGCGGCGCCGCCCUCGCAGUGGGGGGCCACCGGGAUGGGCACCACCUGGGGGCUCCCGGGGAGCCGGCUGGGAACGAUGGGCGGCGGCCUCACGGGGGCGCUCCGCCCGAUGACCUCCAACCGCGCCGUCGGUUUCAGCGCGACCGGGAGCAACUUUGACCCUGCCGGGCAGGGUGGGAACAUGAAUCUCGCGCUCGGACCCGCCCCGCCGCUGAAAAAGCGCAGCGAGAGCAGCCCCGAGGAGCUCUGUAUCGAGUUAGAAAAGCAGGUGAACAAGCUCAUCGAGGAGAGUGCGAUGUUGGCCCUCCAGAAGGACUAUGGAGGGGCUCUCGAAAAGGCCAAAACCUCUGUUAAGAAGGAGAAGCAGCUUCGGGCGCAGAGGGAGCAGCUUGGCUUGGUGGACCAGAUUAACACGGACCUAACCUGGGGGGUCAACUUCAAUUUGGCGGUGCAGUACCAGAACCACGGCCUCUAUACGGACGCCUUCAGCACGUACAAUAUGAUGAUCAUGAAACCACAAUUUGCACAGGCAGGGUGUCUGCGCGUGAACAUAGGAAACAUCUACGCCGCUGAGAAAAAAUACUUAAUGGCCAUCAAAAUGUACCGUCUAACACUCGACGAUACGAAGACCUCGUCCAAGGAGUUGCGGUACAAAAUUUUUCGCAACAUCGCCAAUUGCUUCGUGAAGAUGGGGCAAUACCGCGACGCCGCGAAUAGUUAUGAGACAAUUCUCGAGGGCAAUGGCGAUGUCGAUGCGGGCUUCAAUCUCAUCAUCUGCUACUAUGCGCUUGGUGAGGUCGAAAAGAUGAAGCGCACUUUCUCGAAGAUUCUUAACAGCAGCCCAUUUAGAGCAGAAGGCGAGGAGGAUUUUGGCGAAAAAGAGGAGAACGAUGACGUGCUUGUGGAUGAUGCUCUGCAUAAGGAGAUGAAAGAGCGCCGCACAAAGUAUCUGAAAAAAGUCAUCACCGCUGCGCGGUUGAUCGCACCCGUGCUGGACGAGGACUGGCGCGUCGGGUACGACUACCUCAUUGACCAGUUGCGCCAGUACGAAAUGUUCGACUCGUCUUCGCAUAUGUCGAGUGAGCUGGAAAUGUGUAAAUGUCUUAACUACCUUAAACACAAACGUUAUCAAGAUGCCAUUAGUGGGCUUAGGGCGUUUGAAAAGAAAGACCGGGAGUUGCGUGCACGGGCCGCGACGAACUUGGCGUAUUUGUACUUCUUAGAGGGUGACUACGAAAACGGGGAAAAGUAUAGUGACAUGAGUCUAGAGGCAAAUCAAUACAAUGCUAAGGCGUUGGUUAAUAAGGGCAAUUUCUUCUUCGUGAGGGAGGACUACGAAAAAUCGAAGGAGUACUAUAAUAAGGCCCUUUCCGUGGAGUCUGACAACAUGGAGGCGAUUUACAACCUAGGACUCACGGCGAAGCGCCUAGGUUUGUACGAUGAAGCGAUCAAAAUGUUCAAGCGUGUGCAGAUGCUGGUGGACAGCAGCGAGGUGGUCUACCAAAUCGCUGACGUCACCGAUCUCAUCGGAUACCCGGACGCGUUGGAGUGGUUCAAGCGGUUGAACGGGCGCGUUUCGAUGGACCCUAAUGUUUUAGCUCGGAUCGGUUCCUUGUACGCACGGGAAGGCGACGAGACGCAAGCGUUUCACUUUUACCUGGAAGCGUACCGCUACUACCAGGUGAACAUCGAUGUCAUCCUGUGGUUAGGCGCCUACUUCGUGAAGAAUGAGGUGUAUGAUAAGGCCACCCAGUUCUUCCAGCGCGCCUCCGAGAUCCAGCCGCAGGAGGUGAAGUGGCAUCUGAUGGUGGCCUCUUGCCACCGUCGGCGUGGUGACGCCGUUCAGGCAAAGCGGCUUUACGAGGUUAUUCAUCGAAAGUACCCCGAUAACGUGGAGUGUCUAAAGUAUCUCGUCCAGCUUUGCAAGGACGCGGGGCUGGUGGAUGAGGCGAAUGAGUGGUUUAAGCGGAUGAAGGAGGCCGAAUGUCGGGAGCGGAACGGCGCGGAUAGCGAGGAUGGGGCGGAGAAAGAGGGGGCGGCGGACGGGGAAGGGGGCGCUACCGCCGGGCGGCGGGCAGGGGGGAGCGCGAUGUCCACGUUGGAUACCGCCAACGGACCUUCCAUCACGGACGGCGAUGUGAAGAAGGUGGUGAGGCAAAAACCGAUGGAGGAUUCGGACGACGAUAUUGAGCUUCCGGGGGUGUAA